AUGAUGGGACACUACCUUUUCGAGACGACAGACCCGGUCGUCGAGCUUCUCUGGAACAUCGCCAUCGCUUGCUUCGUCUUCCGCAUCGCGCUGUCGUACUUCUUCCUUGCCCUCACACCGAGCGUGCUGUUCUCGUGGGCCAUAUACAAAUAUCAGCAGCAGCAGCAGCAGCAGCACGGCCUCACAGCAACACAGGCUGAACUCGUGCUCGUUUCGCUGCAAACCGUCGUCGGCGCAGUCUUCGCCCGCCAUGUUGUAGUUGCCCACGACCUGCCGCGCGUGCCGUGGCUCCGGCUCGCCGUUGGCGGACUGGCGGCGGCAUUCCUGGCCGGCGCGGAGGCAAUUCUCUGGCUCAUGCUGUACGAAGAAGGGUAUGGGGGUCAGGUCUGGGAGGCGGAUGGGAGUUGGUUGAUAGCGGUACUGGUUGGGCUAGGGGUAUUUGCUGCGAUGCCUGCCGCGUUGAUGGCAGUCGAAAGGGAGGGGAGGGCGCCAGCGAUCGAGAAGCAGCGGCGAGCUGAUGAAAAGGGAGGAGUUUGA